GCGAUGCGGACUCUGAAACGGGGUCAAAAAAUAACACAAAUAUCCGCAGAGUCGGUGACACGGCGCUCCGGGGCACAUCCGAGGCGUGUUUUCAAGCUUUCUGGCCUUCCUCGAGGAUGAAAUAAGAUUAUUUUUGUAUGAAUACGAAGCACUUUUUUUCUUUUCUUUCCCCGGAUCCUGGUUUUCCGUGAAGACGCCACCGACAUCCGCGUUUCCUCUCCACGCAGCGGGACAGAACACGAUGACCGACUGAUCCUGCGCUUUCUUUCCUUUACGUUUUUUUCCUCCUUCUUCCUCCAUAAGGCCUGUCUGUUUUUUUUUUUUCUUUUCCCUUUUUUUUUUUUUUUUUUUUAAAAAAGUGGGAAGGCUCGCUAUGGUGGACUCAAAUGCGAUGAGGAAGACUUUUGUGGUCCCGGACGUGAAACCUUUGGAUCAGUACGACAUUAACCGAGCCAAGAUCUGCGCCAGUGUGGGCUGGCUGCUGGCGAAAUCCUACGGCAAUGCAGACAGCGUUCCAGCGGAGCUGCGAGACCCCUUUUAUCUUGACCAGUACGAGCAGGAGCACCUGAAGCCCCCUGUGACGCGGCUGCUUCAAUCUCCCGAGCUCUACUGCCGAACCUAUGGCCUGUUGCUAGCUGGGGGUCCCGGGGCCAACGGUACGCCGACAGAUAACACCGUCCUCCUACAGACCCUCAGCAAAAAGGGCUUAACCCCCAGAGACCAGAACACCCCAGUGACCGAAGCAGACCUCCGGCACAAGCCUAUCAAAAUGAGCGCCCACUUAGCGGUGAUGGACGCUUUAAUGGCGGUGGGAGCCAUGGAGACGGUGAGGGCGAGCGGAGGAGUGGAGAGACUCGGGGGAGAAGACGACUGGGAGAGAACGCUGCUGCACUGGGUCAACACGUUAAACAAGAAGCUGAAGGAACGCACAGAGAGUGACCAAACCCAGCAGAGUACAGAACCACAGCCUGUUCAGGCCUCGCUCCGGUACAGGAAGGAUAAGCUGCUGUCUAAGCUCAAGCCCUGUUUUCCUGUCGUGAAUGAAGUGAAGGAUCUCUCUAAUGGCUGUGCCAUCGCUGCCGUCAUACACUACUACUGUCCUGGCCUGCUGCGCUUAGAAGAUGUUUGUAUGAAGGAAUCCAUGUCUUUGGCCGACAGUCUUUAUAAUCUGCAGCUCAUUCUUGAGUUCUGUGAAAGUUGUCUGAAGAGCUGCUGCCCCCUGGUGUUGGAGGACAUGCUCUACAGCCCACCUGAAUUACAGGUUAAUAUGCUGAGCUUUCUGGCAGAGCUCUUGUAUUGGUUUGAAGUGUCGAAGCCUGACUUUGUUCAGCCUCUGAACGCCACAGAGUCCUCUGGAGGUUCAGAAAAUGGCAACAGAGGCUCUGGCAGCAGCUCUCCCUCGUUAUUUAAAAAGCCUUUCUUGCCAAUAUCCCCUGCCACACCAAUUCCAGGCUCACUGACUCAGUCUACCUCAAUGUCUCAUGUAGAGGCAGCUGGACGAUCAUGGACUAAAAACCCUCUCAGUCGUCCCCUGUCAUCUGCUGUGUCCUUCAGUAUCCCCUUUGGUCUCGACAGUGAUGUGGACAUAGUGAUGGGUAACCCUGUAAUCAUGCGCUCCGUCAGCUCGGAUAACAUCAAUCCUGCGGGACAGCCUGGGAAACGUGCCCAUUACACCCCUCCGGAGGACAUCAGCAGGUCUCCAGGACCUAACGGCCCCCAGCGUGCCUCUUGGGCCUCCCGUAGUCCUGCAGUGCCCCUUUUGGCCGAGGAGAACGGCCUCGACGAGGGUGACGCGGCGGAGUUGCCCACCAUCGAGGAAGCCUUGCAGAUCAUUCACAAUGAGGGAAAAAUGGAGCCUCGUUUACAUCCGGAUGGAGCGCCUGAUGGGUUCUAUUUGCACUCGCCGGACGACCCAGCCAGUCGUAGACAUAACGGUAGCCCUGCUAUCCUCGGCGGCUCCGCCCCUUCCGGGGCAGGAAUGCAGUACAGGCCGAUGGGAAAUGCAAGCUGCACCAGACGUACGUCUGAUGGCUCACGUGACGACGACUCUGUACUAAGAGAUGGCAGCGUGGACUCUGAUGCCUCGGAGGAUCUUCCAAAAACACAAUCCACACCCGCCACGCCUGCAGGUGGUGCCCGGGUGGCUAAUUCGUCUGGGCAAGAGACCCCAGACAGCGGUGUGAAGAUGACCAGUUUUGCUGAGCGUAAAAAGAAACUGGCACAGGAGCAGCCGAUUCCCGACGAGGACCCGCAGAUGACCAGCUGGGCAGCUAAAAAGACGCAGGAGAGCCCCAGCAAAAGUCCGGCACUCACCAGUGAAAUGUCGGAGCUUGGGGCAAGACUGGAGGAGAAGCGCAAGGCCAUCGAGGCUCAGAAGAGGCGUAUCGAGGCCAUUUUUGCCAAGCAUCGACAGAGGCUGGGCAAGAGCGCCUUCUUGCAGUUGAAGAAAGAGCAGGAAGAAGACGUUGAGGGGGUCAGCGCAGAGGAAGACGUAAGACGCAUGUCGCUGGAUGAGAGACUAGCACGCAUGGAGAAAGAUGAAGAAAGUGAUGCGAAGCAGGAGAAGGAGCGCCCUCCAGAUGACAGGAAGUUUCAAACUUCUGCGCAGCAGGCCUCUAAAGACAAAACGGUGGCAGGACCGUCGGGUGAGAAGACCGGUGUACCAUUGGGUGAUUAUAACAAUGCAGUGUCAAAACUGAACGCCGCUCUGAGCUCGCUGCAGAAUGAUGUGCAGCGCUUGUCCGAGCAGCAGAACCAGCUGUUGCUGAAGAAAAUCCCCUCUGCCAACCAAACAUGGGUCAUCCCACCCAGCACGAAGAGCUCCGCUGCAGCAGCACCUCCACGCCUGUCCAGGGAGUCAACUCGUGACUUGAUACCCAACUCUUCCUCCUCAUCACCUUCCCCAUCUCGCAGAAUCAGCUCUCAAGCCAUUCCCCCGAAAUCGCCUGGCUCUCACCGCCGGGCUCAAUCUGCACCUCCAAAAAGCCCCAAAAAUCAGCACCACUCAAGGUCUGCAGAUCCAAAGAUGCCCACGCUCACCCGGGUCAUCACGGCCCCACAUUGUGUGGACAGUAUGCCUCAUCGACGGAAAGUAUCCCCUUGGCACUACAGAGACCAGACUUCAUCUUCCUUCAGCUUCGGCUCGUCAGUCUCCCAGAGCGACUCGCGUCCUCCCUCUCGGCCCCUCAGCGAGGACACGAGCGACGACCAAACCGUUUUCAGCCUGGAACUAGAUGGAGGCUCCAACCAUUUUCCUGGCAGGAGGGAACAUCAUGGAGGCAGCAGCUCAGGUGCUCCAUCAGAGUGUUCCUUUGAAAGCGACAUCCCAGCAUCAGCCUUCACCCGCAAACCCAGCAGUCUGAUCGAGAUCCCGCUGUCCUCUCUGAGUGGGCUGGACAGAGAGGAUGCUGAACAUGGCCUUGACGCCGCCUCUGACUCCAUGAGCGAUCACACCGAGCCGGAGACGAAGACUGGUAUCGGCUUUUUCUUUAAGCAGGACGAGGCUCGACCAGAGGAUGAGAUGGCUCAGAGGAGAGCUGCACUGCUGGAAAAGCAGCAAAAGAGAGCAGAGGAAAUUAAGAGGAAGAGACAGGAGCAGGAACGAGAGAAGGAGGCGAGCAGACGCAAUUCCGUGGAUGAGCUGGAGCGACCCCGGACGCCCUCCACACCUCCGCCAGCUCGCACUCCUCCCGCAGCGCACACUCCUCCUCCCGACGGAUCUCAGCACCGACGCGGAACCUUUACCAGGCAAGAGUACGAAUGGCGCCAUCAGCUCAAGAUCAUGGAAGACCUGGACAAGGCGCUGCGCCAGAAACCCACCACUGUCCGAGGUGUCAAGAAACAGCGGCCCAAAACGGUGUUCCGGGAUGAUUCGGACCUCUCCCGCAGCCCAGCUAAAGGGUUGCUGGGUUCUCGACUGAAUAAAGUGUAUUCUCAUUCCACGAUGAACCUAUCCUCCAUGGCCAAUGAUACUGGGACACUUACCAUCAAGAAAUCCCCAAGUCGCUCUCACUCUCCAUCAAGACUGAUGUCUCCGGGCCGUAUGGCCACACAGAAUGGUGAUAAGGACUGGGAGAAUGCAUCCACCCUUUCUUCCCCAGCUUCCAUCCCUGAGUACACCGGACCCAAACUAUAUAAAGAGCCAAGCUUCAAAUCCAACAAGUUCAUUAUCCACAAUGCCAUCUCGCGCUGCUGUUUGGCAGGAAAGGUCAACGAACCGCAGAAAAACAAGAUCAUUGAGGAAAUGGAGAAGAGCAGCGCCAACCACUUCCUCAUCCUCUUCCGGGAUUCGAGCUGCCAGUUCCGGGCGGUUUACACCAUGAACCCGGAGACGGAGGAACUGGUGCGUCUGACUGGCAUCGGCCCGCGGAUCAUCAGCCUCUCCAUGGUCGAGUCUAUCUACAAAUACAGCUCCGACCGCAAGCAGUUCUCGGUCAUCCCGUCCAAAACCAUGUCCAUGAGCGUGGACGCUUUCACCAUCCCCGGCCAGCUGUGGCAGACCAAGCGGCCCGGGACGCCCAAAAAGCUCGGAACACCAAAGUGAAGCUGACGGAAUAUCUGAGGUGUCCUAAAUCUUUUUUUUUCCCCCCCUCCCCUAGCGGCAGAACGGUUCAGAAUCGGCGCUUUCGUGGCUCCGGGAGAGUGGGAGAAUCCGUAACUGUGUGGGAGUAAUAGAAAAGAACACACAAUCCUCAGAGACCUAUUAGCGACCCUUGCAGAACACCUCUGUGUGCAUCUGCUUCAGAUUUCAAAAUCAAAAAAAGGAAGAAUGCCAUUUUUUUUUUUUUUUUUUUUUGUUCCAAGCCGUCACAACUCUAAAUGCUGGCCAACUGGAAUAUCUUGUACAAAAAGACCCUGUAUACGUGUACUUUUCAAGCUGAAACGACAGACGUCACCAUCUUCCAUUCCUUCAUACUAGAAUGAACUGAUUCCGUCAUCUCCGAUCACCAGUGUGGAAUGAAGCGCUAACACAAACACUAAUCUCACUGCUUUGCGGAAUUACACCAGAGCAUAAUCUCUGCCUCUCUUUUAUAUACCUUCCUCUUUUCCUCGUUUUUGCUUCCCGUUUUGCUCUAAUCUCCAAACAGACCUAAAACUAGACUAUGAAUGUAGGGCACAAGCCAGCCAAGGGCUUCUCGUUUUGUCAUUCGUCAUACAGGACUGGGAUUUAGAAAUCUUCCAUGAUUUAGGGUGCUUGGUUAUGCUCCUGUGCCUCUUGCUAACUGUCUGAAAUGUGAAGUAUGUGCCUCUCGCUAACACUCUCACUCUCCUCUGCCUAGCCCUUACUCUUACUUAAAGUAGACGUCUGGAUGUGUAAGGGUGUGUUUUUUUUUGAUAUCCGAGUAGACCACACGGGCCUCAGGUGAGCUUCAUUUCCACGUCGGUUUAUUAAGAACGAAUGAUACGAGAUGUGCUUUUACAUUAAUAAUAAGGUAUUUUUACUCUACUCGGCUGUGAUUAAAAAAAAUAAAUAAAUAAAAAAAAGUAGGGCGGGGGGGAAAAAGAAUCUGUGAUGUAUCAUGUAAUGUAUAUUAUGAAUGCUGUUAAUGAUUUUUUUUUUUUUUUUUUUUUUUUUUUCCCUCCCCAUUUUUGACAAUGAUUUGUAUAUGGCGAAGAGAACAUUUGUAAGAUAUGAAUAAGCUGCCGUGUGGCUUCAGCGUUAGCAGUUCCGAAUGGGGGUGUGUGGGGGGGUGUGUGUGUGUAUGAAAGAACGAUCGAACGAGUGAUGAGAGCUAACAGAGAGGACGGGGGGGGGGAUUAAGAAAUAAAGUUUGAACAUCUGCAGAAAUGUGAUUUCUCUUAUUUAAAGGUUGAAAAGUACUUCUCUGUGAGCGAACGUAGAGCAGGCGACGGUGGAUCAAAACAUUAUUAUUAUUAUUAUUAUUAUUAUUAUUAUUAUUAUUAUUAUUAGAUUGAGGCUAGUGUCUCAAAAUUUGAUCGUGAUCUCAAGAACGAGUUGAAAUCAGUGUAUCGGCCUUGUUCGUUUCGGGUGUAGUGCGAGUGACCGACUUUUCUUUACCCAGAGUGCAUGUGGUCUGUCUUUCCUCAGAAAACCUGAUCUAAGCACUAGAACAAGUCUCCCGUGUGUUGGCCAUUCGCAGAUCUGAAGUGAAGAUGUGAAUAUUUUUGUACAGAGAAACAUUGUGAAGGUAUUGAAUAAGUGUAUAAUUAAGUGAUAUGGUGUGUGUGUGUGUGUGUGUGUGUGUUGGUCCGUAUGAGAGAAUGAUUGAUAUUAAUAGUGAUAAAACGGAGUCAGUGCAAUCGUCCUGUAAAAUGCUUUGGUUUAUUUAUUAGGAAGGGACUAGCUGGAAUUAUUAUUAUUUUUUUUUUCUUUUUUCUUUAUUGUUCUGUUUCAGAUUUUUAUUAUUUAUGUUGUGGUGAAUCACGUUCAUUUCGUACUUUAAAGGCACAUCGGCCACUUUUCUUUUCUUACGUCACUGUGUUUGUCAGUCCGAUCGUUCUGUCCUGCCCAAUUGUUCAUCGUUACGGAUCCGUCAGCUGGAGCGACGGGCUCCGAUUAAUAAAAUCAUUUUUAAAUCAUCA